AUGUUUGUUCGAGGAAGACUCGAUCAGUCCAGUAGCCCCCAUUCGAAUCUUCCAGCAUCACAGAGCCCCAGACGUGAAAAGCAACCCGAUUCCGACUCCAUUUCACCAUACGAUAACCCAGAAUCAUCUGAGUCGGUCCUUAGUGAUGAAAGAUCUAUAUACAAUGCGAUCAGAGUCACCACACCAAAUGAUUCUAGCCCUCGUUUCUAUGCAUCUCUCGCCCAUGAUAACCCCGUGCACGAGCAAGGCUUAGCGGUAAACAUGGCGAAAUUUGCUACUACAGAUUCACAGGAUGAUCAUACUCUUAUCAUUAUACCAGGAGGAAAACGACAGAGAAUGGCCGGGAAGCUUGGGAAUCAUGCCAAGCUGUUAUCUGACCAGUACUGGCAAGCUACACAACGGCGGCGAUGUCCUUUGAGUAGAACGGCAUCGGUACCAGACCCUCACCGAUCUUUAAAUCGCAAGGCUGUCUCUCUUGAUACGAAUGAUAGUAUCGACAGGCCCAAAUGGCCUGGAUGCUUGGGACCUGCCGUAAUGACCGUCCAGCCUCGAUAUCCACCGCCAGAAAGAAAGCCCACACCCCCUGGCCUUCCCUCCUUCGGUACGUCAGAGGCCAUGUCCUACUCUGCGCAGUUCAUGCUCCCAGACAACGGUGUACGACCACCCACAACACUGCAUUGUGGGGGUCUUUCUGGUAGUCAGCGUGGAAGUUCGUAUGGUGAUACCCUAAGGAGAUUCUUCGGCUUCUCGUCUUCUACAUCCCAUACUGGCGGGAUCUCCGUUAAUGGCAUAGGAAGAGCCGAGGACGGAACACUGGUACAGGGCCGGUUCCCCCAUCGACAAAGUGGCCAUGGAAUGAGCAUUGGUCGACAGCUGCAUGAACACCCUUUUCAUCAACGCAAUCUUCCCAUUGCCCAACCCGAAGUCACUGAUACAAGCCAUGAUUCCCAUAUUGAAGCUGCACACACAAAGGGUGAUCUCGGGGCUCGCCCAGGCAGGCGUGUGCAGCCUCCGGCCUCCCCAUCUCGACGACAUUUUCCUUUUACAUCGAGUCCCACCCCUGCUGUGGUAAGCCGCGCACCGCGGCACAGAGACACUGGACAUCUCGGCGUGUCGUGCAACUCGCUUGGAUCAGACGGUCCUACAGAUUCAGUGGAAUCUUCUGCCCAAGGAACUAGAGCAACUGGAGACCAUAUCCCCCCACAUCCGUCGCGGUUGCAUUCCGUUUUGACGAUUGUCCGCGGCGGUGCAGAUGAAGGCCCUCAUGCAAGCACGCCCAUUUGUCCGGACGUUCUGUCAUGGGUAAAAUCCCAGACUUGUCUCUGCUGCUGCUCGGGCAGCCAAGAGGAACAGGAUGAUUCUCUUGGGGCGACCAGCUCGCGGGAAACAUAUGUAACGGCCCAGAGCCAACCAUCGCCUGCUGGAUCCCAGAAUGAAAACAGUGAGGGGAAUACUCGUUUCCAUGGCCUCCAGGCAUGGAUUUCAUCUCUUUACGGUGCCAUGUUCCCGGCCCCUAUGAACCCUACCGCUGUAUAA